CUGAUUGGCUGCUGCCUGUGACGUAGAGUGGGCGUGAGCGUUGUGAACAUCAACAAAAGAGAGAAAAAGAGAAAGGAGAGAAAGACGAGAAGGAAUAAGUCCAAGCGACCGCGGAUACAACAGAUAUGUGGAUUUAACUCGCUAAAACAGUGUGAAAACUGUGGUGAAACGUCAGAGAUCCUUUCUUCCAGUGCCAGCUGAGACAUGGACGCCUACAAGCUGAUGAAGGAGCUGCGAGUGAACUAUGAGCAGGAGGUGUUUUAUCUCCCGAAGGAGACGGGAUUGAGCCUCAUCGAGUCCACAACACAGGACGACAGUCGGAUCUCAGCCAAGUGCAGAGAUGCCAAAGUGGAGGACUUGUGGAGCCUGACGAGCUUCUUCGGUUACAGCACGCAGACCUUCGUCCUGGCUGUUAAUCUGCUGGACAGAUUCCUGGCCAUGAUGAGGAUCCAGCCAAAGCACCUGUCCUGCGUCAGCCUCAGCUGCCUUCACAUGGCGGCCAAAGUGACGGAGGAGGAGUGCAACCUGACGCCGACUGAUGAGCUCAUCCGCAUCGGACAGUGCAGGUUCACAGUGUCCGACCUCGCCCGCAUGGAGAAGAUCGUCGCCGAGAAGCUCAACUUCAAGUCCAAAGCCGUCACUGCCUUAACCUUCCUGCACCUGUACCACAGGAUCGCACUUUCACACUCCACGGACAGGAAGGAGACGCUGAACCUGGAGAAGCUGGAGGCUCAGCUCAAAGCCUGUCUGUGCCGGAUCUCCUUCUCUAAGGCAAAGCCGUCCGUCCUCGCCCUGUCUCUCCUGAGGCAGGAGAUCGAAGCCGUCCAAUCGGAGGACAUGUUGGAGAUAGCCUAUCACAUCCAAAGACACCUGAAGAUUGCUGACGCCGAGCUGCUGCUGUGGAGCGGACGUGUGGCCCAGUGUCUGUCGGACUACGCCUCGCCUGAGUGCAGCAAACCCAACCACAGGAAGCUGCAGUGGAUCGUGUCGCGGCGGACCGCCCAGAACCUACACAGCUACCGCAGCGUCCCCGAGCUGCCCACCAUCCCUGAGGGAGGCUGGGACGAGAGCGAAAGUGAGGAUUCGUGCGAGGACGUGAUGAGCUCGGGCGAAGAGUCCCUCAGCAGCUCUCUGGGCAGCGACGCCGAGGGGCCCUUCUUCCCUCUGCACUUCCGCCGCCAAAAACACCGCCAACACCUCCUCCACGCCUGAAGCCUCCGCCAGCCAUCCGGUGCCUGCCCUCCCCACUCUCUCUCUCUUAGCUCUACCUGAUCUUUUUUAAUUUAUUACUAAAUAAGCUCUGGUGCUGGUGGAGAAAAUCAUACAACUGGCAGCUUGAGCAGUCCGGACUCUUCCUGGUAGAUUUGAUAGAUUUUUUUUUUUUUUAGUUUGUUAGAUGUGUUGGUGCAUGUUCAGAUGUCACAUUCCAGGACGCAAGAUUUUUUUAAGCACGUAAAAGUGAUUGUUUGGCAGAUAAAACUCUCUGGUCUUUAAAUGGUGCUGAGCUUGGCUGUCACAUCAGACCAGAAACAGUUCUCACAAGACGAUAAUUUGCCAAAACGUGGUGUUUAUUUAAUAGAAUGUGUUUUGCUUUGACUGUUAUUAACCUAAGACUGUUUUUAUUAAGGGUAAGGAGGAGUUUUGUCUUUGUACAGAGGCUCAGCGGGGCCGGGAUCGUAUCGUUUUGCUUCCUUAACAGAGAAAAAGACUGAUAAUAAGAUGUCAAACUGUUUCCUUAUGAAACAGCGUUUUCAGUCCAUUACAUCAUAUUUUUAAGGCUAGAAAACGACCUUUAUAGCAAAAAUGACGCGACUGCAGCCGCUCUGAUCCUCUGCAGCAAGGUUUAAUUUGCACAGUUUUUUCUUUUUAUCUCAAGUGUUAAAUGGUGGAACUGGAGGAACUGGAGUUUAUGUCUGAAGAGAUGGAGUUCACACCAAGUUUUCCUUGAGGAUCAAACCUCAGUUAAAAAAACAAACAAAAAAACUUUAAUAAGUGUGUGUUUGUGUGUGUGUGAGUGUAUGUAUGUAUGUAUGACCUUAGAUUAAAAUUCAAAAGUUGCCAAUUUUAGGAUGUAGCUCAAAAAAGAAAAGUGUUUGGUGUUUUUGAACUGUUCAGAGAGAGAGAGAAUGUUGAAUGGAACAAAAAUAAUGCUGACCGAGUGUCAAAAAAAGUCUAAAAAAUGUUAAAAAUGUAAAAAAAUGUUAAUACAAAAACAUGUAAAAGUGUAAAUGAUGUACAAAAAAAUGUUAAUAGUUCUUUGUAGAUAUUAAGUUAUUUAUUCUUUUUUGUCACAUGUACUGAAAAAGAAAAAUCUUAUAAAAAAUGUUAUUUUUAA